ACGUCAGACGUAAACCUGAAGUGACGUACUCUCCGUUCGUCUCCGCUCCGAGAGCUUCCGCCUUGCACGUGUGUUUACUAAAAUGUGGACAGCUGAACUUUAGAAGAAAAUAGUGACAGUAUUAUAACACACGUACUGGUUUUGCAUCGGCUAAAACAUGGGGAAGCUGAACGUUGUGGUGUUGAGAUACCUGUCUCGGGAUGACUUCCGGGUGCUUACAGCGGUUGAAAUGGGGAUGAAGAACCAUGAGAUUGUGCCAGUCAGCCUCUUGUCCUGCAUCGCCAGCCUCAAACACGGCGGCUGCAACAAGAUCCUCAGAGAGCUCGUCAAACACAAGCUUGUGGUCUAUGAACGCAGCAAGACUGUGCAGGGCUACAGGUUGAACUAUGGAGGAUAUGACUACCUGGCUCUGAAGACCUUGUGUGCCAGAGAAGUGGUUAUUUCAGUCGGAAACCAGAUGGGUGUGGGUAAAGAGUCAGAUAUCUAUAUUGUGGCAAGUCCAAACGGGGAGCAGUAUGCUCUGAAGCUUCACAGACUGGGUCGCACCUCCUUCAGGAACCUGAAGAACAAGAGAGAUUACCACAAACACAGGAAGAACAUGUCCUGGCUCUACCUCUCUCGCCUUUCUGCCAUGAAGGAGUUUGCCUACAUGAAAGCAUUGUAUGAUCAGGGGUUUCCUGUCCCCAAACCUGUGGACUACAACAGACAUGCUGUCGUAAUGGAGCUCAUCAAUGGAUAUCCAUUGUGUCAGGUGCAUGAACUUCAGGAUCCAUCGGGCCUGUACAGCGAGUUCAUGGAGCUCAUAGUCAAACUGGCCAAUCAUGGCUUGAUUCAUGGAGACUUCAACGAGUUCAACCUCAUGUUGGAUGACCAGGACCACAUAACAAUGAUCGACUUCCCUCAGAUGGUGUCCACCUCACAUCCUAACGCUGAAUGGUAUUUUGACAGAGAUGUCAAAUGUAUCCGAGAUUUCUUUGCAAAACGAUACAAUUACGAGAGCGAGCUCUUCCCAACUUUCAAAGACAUCAGGCGGUCUUGUUCUCUAGAUGUCGCAGUCUCAGCUAGUGGCUUCACCAAAGAUCUGGAGAGAGAUGCCGCAUUGCUACACCCAGCUGGACCUGAGGAAGAAGAUGAUGAUGAUGAUGAAGAUGAUGAGGAUGAUGAAGAGGAGGAGGAGGGCAAUGACAAAGAGGAUUCAGACAAGAAAGUAGAAAAAAAAGAAGAUGACUUUGACAUGGAGGAAUAUAAGCAUGCAGUGCUCGAACUGGAGGGUCUAAAAGUCAGCAACACAAGUGCAGAUGUACAAAAUGAGGACAACAAGAGGGAAACGGGGGAAGAACAAACAGAGACUGAGACAGAGCCUAGUUCUCAAACUAAUGAAGAGACAGAGGAGAAAUUGGAGGAAGAGUUGAACGAGGCAGACGAUGACUGUCCAGAGUUGUCAGACCUCUCUUACUCCAACAAAGAGUUUAAACCUUUCAGAGACUCAGACAGUCUUCUACACAUCGCAGAGCACAGGAGGACGAGGACAGACAGUGAAGGCACAAUGGGAAGCAUAGGGAGCUGUUCUACCAUACCACCAGAGGUAGUCCGUCAGAAGGUGCGGAGGCAGCUCACCAAGCAGCAGAAGGCGGCGCAGAGGAGACGUCUACAGAAGGGAGAGGCCAACUUGGUGACGAAAUCCAGGAGAGAGAACCAGAGUAACAUCAAGUCUAGUAUGGACUCUGCCUCCUUCUGGGGAUGAACAGGACAGCAGUGGUGGACAGAUGGAAUUGUUGUCAACAUGCUUUUUGUUUGAUUAACAUGUAUACUGCAUGGAUCCUCUGCUCCUCUGUCUGGAGAGCUUCUGUUGGAACUGCAGUGAACCAUCAUGUUCAACACAGUCUAAUGUAAAUAUCAACAACUUUUUAUGUUGAAACUGUAUGAUUGGUAAUUAAAACAUUUAAACAAUACA